AAGCCGGGCACCCAUGGACUGAGCGGCGCGCGGGCCGAGAUGCGCGCCCGCCUGCUGCCCCCGCUCCCGGGCCUGGGAGCGGCGCGACCCCAUGGCAGGUAGCGGCGGCCUGGGCGGCGGGGCCGGGGGCGGCCAGGGCGCAGGGGCCGGGCAAGGGGCCGCUCUGCGGGCGUCCCGCGCGCCGAUGCUGCUCGUGGCCCUGGUGCUCGGCGCCUACUGCCUCUGCGCCCUCCCCGGCCGCUGCCCGCCGGCCCCCGCGCCCUCCGAGCCGUCCAGCUCCGUCCACCGCCCGGGAGCACCCGGCCUGCCUUUGGCCAGCGGUCCCGGCCGCCGGCGCUUCCCGCAAGCGCUCAUCGUUGGCGUGAAGAAGGGCGGCACGCGCGCCCUGCUGGAGUUUCUGCGGCUGCACCCCGACGUCCGCGCGCUGGGCUCUGAGCCCCACUUCUUCGAUAGGUGCUACGAGCGCGGCCUCGCCUGGUACCGGAGUCUGAUGCCCCGAACCCUGGAUGGGCAGAUCACCAUGGAGAAGACCCCCAGCUACUUCGUGACGCGAGAGGCCCCCCGCCGCAUCCACGCCAUGUCCCCGGACACGAAGCUGAUCGUGGUGGUGCGGAACCCCGUGACCCGGGCCAUCUCCGACUACGCCCAGACGCUCUCCAAGACCCCGGGCCUGCCCAGCUUCCGCGCCCUGGCCUUCCGCCACGGCCUGGGCCCCGUGGACACAGCCUGGAGCGCCGUCCGCAUCGGCCUGUACGCCCAGCACCUGGACCACUGGCUGCGCUACUUCCCCCUGUCCCACUUCCUGUUCGUCAGCGGGGAGCGUCUGGUCAGCGACCCGGCCGGAGAGGUCGGCCGCGUGCAGGACUUCCUGGGCCUGAAACGGGUCGUCACGGACAAGCACUUCUACUUCAACGCCACCAAGGGCUUCCCCUGCCUCAAGAAGGCCCAGGGCGGCAGCCGUCCCCGCUGCCUGGGCAAGUCCAAGGGCCGGCCACACCCACGCGUGCCCCAGGCCGUGGUCCGGCGCCUGCAGGAGUUCUACCGGCCCUUCAACCGCAGGUUCUACCAGAUGACGGGCCAGGACUUCGGCUGGGGCUGAGCGGCGCCCUGGGGAUGCUCAGCACCUUGAUUGACAUCCGCUCGCCUGGCCAGAGCGGGCUGCCUGCACAUGCUGGGCAGAGAGGAAUAUUUAAGAAAUAAAGCUUGGACCCAGAUUUUUCCACAAACCUCGAGGUUGGAGGGUGGAGGCGCUGCCCCCAGGGAUGUGGUAACCAUACCAGCGAACUCCACUGG